UUCCAUUUAUUGUAUUUGUAGCACUUCAAAGUUAAAAGAAAUAGACCAUAGUGUAGCACAAGGAAAUAGAAGAGAAUACUCGAAGAUGGAGCACGAGGAAGACGAAGAGCCACCUCUUGCUGUUCAGAUUCAACUGGAUAAUGAUCAAUCCGUUUCUCAACAACCUUCUGUUGGUGUCACCCUCAUCACCGGUUAUCUUGGUGCUGGCAAGUCUACGUUAGUGAAUCAUAUCUUGAACUCUCAACACGGGAAGAGGAUUGCUGUCAUAUUGAAUGAAUUCGGUGAGGAAAUUGGAGUGGAAAGAGCACUGAUAAAUGAAGGGGAAGGUGGUGCAGUUGUUGAAGAAUGGGUUGAGCUUGCUAAUGGGUGUAUAUGUUGCACUGUUAAGCAUAGUUUGGUUCAAGCCCUUGAGCAGCUUGUACAGAGAAAAGAAAGGUUAGACCAUAUAUUGCUGGAAACCACUGGUUUGGCUAAUCCAGCACCUCUGGCAUCUAUUCUUUGGUUGGAUGAACAGUUGGAAUCUGACGUGAAGCUUGAUUCCAUUGUCACUGUUGUCGAUGCAAAAAAUGUUAGGUUUCAGCUCAAGGAGCACCGUGGCUCAUCUUCAUUUCCUGAAGCAUAUUUUCAGAUAGCAUUUGCGGACAUUGUAAUUCUUAACAAGGUUGAUUUGGUAUCUGCAGAAGGUUCUGGAGCUCUGGAGGAACUUGAGGAGGAAAUCCAUAACAUUAACACACUUGCAGAGAUAAUUCAUUCUGUUCGAUGUCAAGUCGACUUAUCUAAGAUAUUGAACCGCCAAGCUUAUGAUACCGCACAUGCAACACAUUUAGAGGCAUUGUUAGAAGAAAGUCGUUCUUUGUCUACUAAAAAGCUCCAUGAUAGUGGCGUGAGAACCUUGUGCAUUUGCGAGACACGCGCAAUUGAUCUUGAUAAGACUUGUAUAUGGCUAGAGGAGAUUCUUUGGGAUAAGAAAUAUGAUAUGGAUGUAUACCGUUGCAAAGGAGUUUUAAGUGUUCAAAACUCUGAUCAAUUGCAUACUCUGCAGGCAGUGAGAGAACUAUAUGAGAUUGUUCCUGCUCGCAAGUGGGGGAAGGAAGAAAACAAGAUUAAUAAGAUAGUCUUUAUAGGUCAUAAUCUGAAAGAAGAUGUUCUGAUUAAUUCAUUCAGAGCUCUUGCAACAUGUUAGGCUGUGUAUUUGUUCUCUUGUAUGGGUAAAGACUAAUAGUUGGGUAUUUGAUGAUGAUUUUGAGAUUCAGCCUAAUUAGUGUGUUAAAAUCUGAGCUGUUUUUCUAAUCACAGGUCAAGUUCUAGGUCCCUUAAUGCUCAGCUCAUAUGAUUAAAGUUAAAUAUUUUUAAUGAUAAAACAAUUAUUGGUGUUAGUGCUUAUGAAUUAAAUAAAUAAAAUGUCUCGUAUUUGCUACCA